GAUCAACGGUUCCUACCUUAUCUCUCUGUCACACACACACACACUCUCUCUCUCUCUCCCUCUUUCUCGCGCCCUCCUGCUCUCGCCAUCGCUCCGCACCAAGGGGAGGGAAAGCGAUAGAAGUGGUCGGUGGCCGACCCUGAUCGACGGGAUCUUCUCGCGGGAAAGCAUCGCUCGCCCCCUUUUUCCGCCAGGGCUGUAAUAGCGGGCUACCAAAUCUUCCACCCAUCUGACCCAAUCGGCACCGGGAUCCCGUUUCGCAGCAUCGUGAGCCCGACGGUAUCCGAGAGCGCGGCAGCUCAUCUCCUAGGCGAUCUUACCAGCUCACGCUCUCGCGGUGAGCGAACGUACCGAACGCGAUCGUACUGGCCUAGUACGUGAGAGAAAGAGUGAAACCCAUAGAGAGAGAGAGAAAGAGAGAGAGAGAGAGAGAGAAAGAGAGAAAGAGAGAGGGAGUUUGUGUGAAGGGUGCAGCAACAGCGUGUGUGUGUGUGCCGCCCGAAGGAAGGAAAGUGACAGCGACACGGUGUAAUCGUGUGAUAUCGCGCAUACCCCGUCUCGGCCGGGCCGGAGACGAGCAGCGGGGUGAUGCUGGCAGCGACGCAGGCGGCCGCGGUGACUAUGGUGGUAGCGGAGGUGGUUUCGUGGUGACGACAACGGCGCGCAGUGCAGCACUGGUGGGGCAAAAGCCCGACCAGCGCAGAAAGCCGUUUUCGGGGGCUUCGAGUACCCGAGCUGGCCAUCGAUCGGAUCACAAUUGUUUUGACUAUGGCGUGUUCAAGUUCGUCCAGUCGGGCCUGUGCCCGCGUUGUGCAGGAGAAACUGUCCCAGCUGGUGGCGGCAUCCAAGGGUCAGCAGCAGGCAGCGGCGGCCCAGCUGGACCUACUGCAGCAGCAGCAUCCAACGAAAGCUGGUGGAGGUGUCAGUGAUGGUGGCGGUGGCGGCGAUGGCCGCAGCCCGCUGCUCGCGGUGCCAAAAAGGCGCGGAUCGUCGCUGCUCGGGACGUACCCGCUGUUCGGUUCCGCGCACGGCGCUGCCCCGCUGGUGGCCGCCGGCGCAGGGGUCGUGGCCAGUAGUGUCGGUAGUGCGAUCGGUAUCCGCAGUUUCUACACUGGCCCUGGCAGCUGCUUCAUUCAACCUUCCGCCGUCGUCGGUGCCGUCGGGCCCGUCAAGCCUGUCGGCGUUCCAGCUCGCUCCGGUGCACCGCUGUUCAAACAGAAUCAGAAAUGCAGCUCCAUCGCAAACCUUCACCCCUGCAUGCGAGGCUACAGCUCCGUGCACACACAGCAACCGGCCGGCCCGAUACGGGAGUACAACAUCGACCCAUACAUUCUGCUGGACGACGAGCUAAAAUACAUCUUCGAAGACAUCAGGCAGGAAAUCAGCCGUGCGACGAACCACCCGGAACUGAACAAAAUCGCCGUCUACUACUUCGACGGGCAGGGCAAAGCAUUCCGGCCGAUGGUGGCGAUGCUGAUGGCGAAGGCACUCAACUAUCACAUGCACAACGAAAACAGCAACAUAGUGAACGCCCAGCGGCAGAUAGCGAUGAUUUCGGAGAUGAUUCACACCGCCAGCCUAGUGCACGAUGACGUUAUCGACCAGUCAUUCGCCAGACGGGGCAAACCGAGCGUCAACGUCCUAUGGAACCACAAAAAGGUGACGCAGGCCGGUGACUACAUCCUUGCCGUCGCCUCGAUGCUGCUGGCCCGCCUGAAGCACGACGACGUUACGCACAUUCUCAGUCAGGUUCUAACUGAUCUGGUCCAGGGCGAGUUCAUGCAGCUCGGCUCGAAGGAGACGGAGAACGAGCGCUUCGCACACUACUUCACCAAGACGUACCGGAAGACGGCGUCGUUAAUAGCCAACAGCCUGAAGGCCGUGGCCGUACUGUCCGGUGCCGACGAUCAGAUGGCGGAGCUGAGCUUCCAGUACGGCCGCAACCUGGGCCUCGCGUUCCAGUUCGUGGACGAUCUGCUGGACUUCGUGUCCAGCUCGGAGGCGAUGGGCAAACCGGCCGCCGCCGACCUGAAGCUCGGUCUCGCCACGGCACCCGUUCUAUUUGCCUGCGAGAAGUUCCCCGAGCUGAACCCAAUGAUUCUGCGCCGCUUCCGGGAGCCAGGAGACGUGGAACGGGCCUACGAGCUGGUGCACCAAUCGCAAGGCCUCGAGCAGACGCGCUUCCUGGCCCGCAAGCAUUGCAUCGAGGCGCUCCGGCUCGCGUCCCAGAUCAGCGAGUCGCCCUACCAGAAGGGCCUGAUAGUGGUGGGCGACUUCGUCCUGAACCGCAUGAAGUGAUCAACCGCGCUCAAGCAGAUCAGGCAGAUGCAACCCAACCAUGGACACGGUUUUCUCCACCUUUCUCAACCGGCACAGCACACACAUACACACCCAGGCACAUGUUCGUAGACAAAGCAAGAAAACGGGUUUUUCACAUGCGAAUGAGAAUGAUGGGAUAUAAACACAUGCAUACUCACGCAGACAAACACGGCGUCAAAUAGAACCCAAUACCGCUUAGGAAAAAUAUGACAAAAUGGAGCAGAAAAGCUGGAAGACCAACCACGGUGUGACGUGUUUCGCUCAAGGUGUGCACUCUUCAGCGUUUCACAAUCUGGGGGAGGGGGGGUAGAAGAAAACCCCAACAACGCCAGCGUGCAGCAAGUACACCAGCCCGUUUUCCGUUUUAACACGUUAGGUUAUAAUUUAGUUAAUAUUAAUGACUUACACGAACAACUAUUCUUACGGCUACGUACACUUACGCACACACACACA